CAUGCGUAGAAGAGCAGUGUAGGUAGCAGCAAUCCUGCUACGCAACUGGCAUUCAGUCCCAUUGCGAUUUCGUCAAUAUUUAUGUACAUACAAGAAAAAAGGAGCGUCGUUACCGAGCAGCUUUACAUACUGCGAGUACUAGCAUGGCGUUAAAUGUUUGUUCGCGGCUGACGAGAACUGUUGUCCGCGUUUUAGCUAGCACAAGUGCGAUUCCUGUCACAAGACCACUGACAACGAGUUCGUGGACACAUUUACGUUACUUAAACAAUAUCCGCAUCAUUCGGUAUGAUGGUACUACAUUACGAAAUUUCAGCUCUUCAAGUCAGCCUUCAAUAGAUGUGUCCUAUGAGCAGCUUAAGAAACUGCUGGUGUCUGGAUCCAGUGUGGUUAUUGACGUCCGUGAGCCCUGGGAACUCAGAGAAUAUGGGAACAUACAGGGGUCAAUCAACGUCCCAUUAGGACAGGUGAACGGAGCUCUCCAGCUCACACCUGAUGAGUUCAAGGAGAAAUAUGGAGGAGAAAUGCCAUCAAAAUCCCAAAAUUUAGUCUUCAGUUGCCUUGCUGGUGUAAGAAGCAAACAUGCCCUGGAAUCAGCAGUGUCUUUAGGAUACACCAAGGUUCAACAUUUUCCAGGUGGAUGGCAAGAAUGGGCAGAACGUGAAUUAAUACAAACCAAAAAAUAAUUGCCACGUUGUAGCAAUGUUAACACUGUGAUGGAAGUUUAAUUGAUUUGAACUGCAAUCUGAAAAGUAUCAAAGACAUUAAGUAAAAAAUGUGCCACUGAAACUAAAUGAUAAAUGUAUGUAAUUGACUGGAAAUAAAAGGAACAAUGUGAUUACAUUUCAAGACUGAAAAAAUACACUGCUACGUUUGAAUUGAGCACCUUUGUCAUAACAAGCUGUUGUGAGUUGAAAUAGGAGUGACUUCUGUUCAAAGGGCUGUGAACUUUUUGCCUAAUAUAUAAACCUAAAUAUUUUGAGCAGGCAAAACUGUAUUCAAUCACAGUCGGAAUAUAUAAAAAUGUUUAAAAUUGUUUGGAGAAAUAUGUUUGUUUUUUUUAUUUUCUGAAAAUAAAACAUUAAUGCCA